UUUUAAGUCCUUCCUCAUUGAAGUAUAACGCGCAUGCGCGCGCGCGGCUAUUAUCGCGGCAUUUCGCUAAUGAGUGCUGACACACACAAUGAGAUAGUAUUAUCAUAUUAUUGCCAACGCCAAGCGGGAACUGUUUUUUUCUGAUAUACCGCAAGGUAAAUUGGAAAACUGAUACGAAAUAUCUCUAGUAAGAAAUGUUACACUCGUACUACACAAUCGUACACGAAUUCGUACGUAGAAUACCGCGUGAUGUUCGCGGCGUCAGUCAGCGGCGGAAAUAUAAAAAUAAGUGCGUAGAAUUCCCAGUUAGCGAAUUGCUGCACGGGUCGUUAUCAGGUCGUUAUCAGGUCGACAAGAGGAAGAAGCCGCGAGGAUGUGCCCGCCCACGUGCCGUUCGCUCCGCCGCACGAGACACGUCGAGGCGCCGAAGAUGGUCAGUUAGCUGUGCGGACAAGUCGCAGGCGGAUCCGACGACGAUGAAGCGUUUGCUACUAGUUUGCGCCUUUUGCGCCCUCCUCGAAGCCGCGUCCUCGUCGGUGGCCGCGGCGGUGUCGCCGUGCGCGAUAAUUACGUCCAGGCGCGCGAACACCGUCACCUACCGAUGUGCGCAAUUAACGACGCUGCAAAAGUACUUGAACAAAGCGAGAAGCAAUACGACGACCAUCGUGAUUUCCGAAUCCAAGUUACCCAAUAUAGCCGGGCAUAGUUUCGCGAGAUUCGGCGCUACCUUGGUGGUCCUGGACCUGCACGAAUCGGGCAUAGAGACGUGCGACGCCGCGGCAUUCGUAGGCCUCACGAAGCUGGAAAAACUGAUGCUCUGGGGCAAUAAACUUGCUUCCGUGCCGGGAGAUUGGUUCGUGAACAUGCACUCCCUGAAGACCUUGGAUUUAUCGUUCAACUUUAUCCGGGGGAUCGACUACACGGUCUUUCAAAUGCUUCCUUCUUUAGAGAACUUCUACUUCGACUACAACCAGCUCCGCUAUAUCGACUACAAUAUGUUCGCCUACCUGGGUAAUUUGAAGAAGGUGAAAUUUAGCAAGAACCCGUGGAGCUGGGCAUAUCGUGCUCGUUUGACGUGGCAGCUGGAGAACCAGAAGGUCGAGGCGUCGGACGUGUGGGAGGAUUGGAACUGGAUGAACGUCGUCAUCAAAGACUGCAUCGAGAGCGGUCGGGGCGAGCUGCCGAGCGAUAAUGUUCUCGACUGCAUCGUGGAAAAGCUGCUAACGUUCACGUACGAGACGUUCAGCGAGCAGGAGAGGAGCAGCGUUGCAGGUUGCGGCGAACAGGCUAGAAGACUGGUACGCUGCAUGAGACCCACCAACGUUACCGGCAACAGCGAUUACGGGACGGUGCGGAGAAUCCUCGAGGAUUACUCCGCCGUCUUGCCGCCGUUGCAAAGGGCGCUGAUUCCUUUCUCGUCAAGACGAUAAACGGUGCUCUCAGGCUGCAUCCUCUCUCUGAGGAGCCUCUCUUCAGGACCCGUCGCACGAAGCCGUUGCCCACACUGUUGCUGUUAACGUUCUACUCCGCCUCGACUCUGAUUAACGCUCGCCGCUCGCAUACUCACUCUGCAUUAUGUCCAUUACGGCCUGCGCGGCUCCGCGAUUCUCGUAGUGAAUAAAAGCGAAGUGAUUGAUCUUCUUCAGCUUCAGUAUCGGUACGUUGGUGUGCCUGUGGAAAACCUCCCUUACCUUCUGCUGCGACAUUUCGAGCGUGAGAUUCCUCACGAACAGAGCAGUCACCUAUUUGUCAGCGGGUGCGUAAUGUUGGAUUAGCACGAUGCGUUUUGUCUACGCGAUCACGCGAUUUCGCCACCUGCGCGCCAGGUACACGUCUUGCACACACCGCCAUUUUUACCGAACAUUCGCACCGGGUGCGCGUUUUCACUCGAGACGGAGGCUCCUCGGUAUCAAGUAUCUUUCUCUCCUCUCUCUCUCUCUCUCUCUCUCUCUCUCGGAAGAAAUACCUUUGUCUUUUUUGCAACGACACGUGUACACUCACUCUUGGACGAGAAAUUAGUCAGUCUACUUAACGUAAAGAACGAGCUUGCACGUGAAAGUCAUUUCGACGCUGUUGUUGAAAGUCCGAGGAGUACCUCUGUAUCAGGAAAAAUGUGUAAUUGUCAACCGUCAGACGGCGCGGCGAUUAAUAAAUAUG